AUGCCUAUUCCGAAUAAAGCUUCUUUAACCCGUAAUUCCCUUGGAGCCCAUAGGCCACGCCCAACGGCCACUGGCGCUCUGCAGCAGGGGGCGGGCCUCUCCAACCUCAGCUACGUGACCCGCACGCUUGCGAAGCCAAAGCGGGCCGGGGCUGCCGGGAGCCACUUACUGCGAGUGUUUCUGUUCUCCAGGCCGAUUCGAGGCGCAGGCACUACGAGUGGUUCCGAGAGCGGGAGUUCCGAUUCCACGGAGCCUAAGGCGCGCCCCGGCGGCUUCGCGAGCGCGUUAGAACGGCACUCGGAGUUGCAGAGGAAGGCGGAGCUCAAACGGGAGUCUCCAAAAAAUGUGGAAUCCUUCGCAUCCAUGCUGAGACAUUCUCCUCUUACACAGAUGGGACCUGCCAAAGAUAAACUGGUCAUUGGGCGAAUCUUUCACAUUGUGGAGGAUGAUCUUUACAUUGAUUUUGGUGGGAAGUUUCAUUGUGUGUGUAGAAGACCACAAGUGGAUGGAGAGAAAUACCAGAAAGGAACCAGAGUCCGGCUGCGGCUAUUAGAUCUCGAACUCACAUCGAGGUUCCUAGGAGCAACAACAGACACAACCAUACUAGAGGCUGAUGCGGUUCUCUUAGGACUCCAGGAGGGUAAAGACUCCAAAGCAAAAGAGGAACAUCAUGAGAAGUGAAGGAACUUUGCUCAGUGCGUUUACUCUCUUUGUUGAACCCAGAUAUUCAUGCAGUGAGAACAUUGUGAAUAAAUGAUUGAAGAUGUAAUAAAUGAAUGCUAUAAUUACAA